AUUGUGGCAUCGGCUCUGGUUGACAACGGUAUCCUUGGAGAUCCUUAUGUCGAUUGCGGAGACAAUUACAUUGAGGUACGCUUCGAUACACGGAACACAUUCAAAGGUCUUGUUUUUGUUGAAGAUCACUUAACUGAACCAGAAUGUCGUUCAACACCGGUAGAAGAUGACGACCCUCGGGGAAUCUUCAUUGUUGUCUCGUUGAUUGUUGCGUUUCAUCCUGAAUUUCUCACCAAAAUCGAUCGUGUUUACGUCGUUCAAUGCUUUUAUAUGGAAAUGGAGAAAAUUUUGGAAAAGGAAAUUCAAGUGAAAAUGAGUCCUCCAUUGUUGCGAACCGAGCAAGUACCAAUGCCGGUUUGUCGGUAUGAGGUUCUAGACGGUUCACCAACUGGUCCACCAAUCUUCUAUGCAGCUAUAGGUCAAAUGGUUUAUCACAAAUGGUCAUGCGAGACUUCAACCGAGAAUCAGUUCUGCAUGACCGUUCAUAGUUGUUAUGUGGAUGAUGGAAAUGGUGAUCGUGUGCAACUGAUUGAUGAAAAUGGAUGUGCGAGGGAUAAGCACUUAUUGCAAAAUUUGGAGUAUGUAUCAGAUUUGAUGGUGGGUAAAGAAGCACAUGUUUAUAAGUAUGCCGAUCGACAGAGCAUGUUCUUCGACUGCCAAAUUACGCUGACUAUUAAAGAACCUGAUCAAGAGUUUUGUGAGGUUCCAACGUGUGCAGAUCCAGCACGAAGAAGGCGGUCCGAGACAACGCUCGAUGAGCAUUCAAAUUCAGAACGACAGAAUGGAUAUAGCAGCGAUGAGCUGAAGAACCUGAAUCAACUUAACAACAAUAGUUUGUGUUAUCACUUCCUGCUCCGUUAUAUUAUCGUACUCUGCAAUGAUUUUGACGAUAUUUGCAUGUCAUCGUUAGGAAUGGGUACUGUUGCAAUGAUCAAUUUGAUGAUGAUCUCAACUUCAGCAAUUUUCUUCUACGGAGCAUACAAACAUGCUUUAGAUAAAAUGCAGUUAUGA